GUGGGCCUGGGAGGACCCCAGCGACAGCCCCAGCGCAGGGCCCGGUGGACGCGGCCGCGGUGGUGGCGGGCGUUGUGACUGACGGCGCCGGUUGUCUCCCGAACGAACUCGGCUGGCCACCCUCGCCGCCCUGGCUGACACUCGUGCGGCCGGCGCCAUGUCUGUGAGCGAGAUCUUCGUGGAGCUGCAGGGCUUUUUGGCUGCCGAGCAGGACAUCCGAGAGGAAAUCCGAAAAGUUGUACAGAGUUUAGAACAAACAGCUCGAGAGAUUUUAACGCUACUGCAAGGGGUCCAUCAGGGUGCUGGGUUUCAGGACAUUCCAAAGAGGUGUUUGAAAGCUCGAGAACAUUUUGGUACAGUAAAAACACAUCUGACGUCUUUGAAGACCAAGUUUCCUGCUGAACAGUAUUACAGGUUUCACGAGCACUGGAGAUUUGUGCUACAGCGCCUGGUCUUCUUGGCAGCCUUCGUCGUGUACUUGGAGUCGGAGACCCUGGUGACUCGAGAGGCGGUCACGGAGAUCCUUGGCAUUGAGCCAGAUCGGGAGAAGGGAUUUCACCUGGAUGUAGAAGAUUAUCUCUCAGGAGUUCUCAUUCUUGCUAGUGAACUGUCGAGACUGUCGGUCAACAGCGUGACUGCUGGAGACUAUUCCCGGCCCCUACACAUCUCCACCUUCAUCAACGAGCUGGAUUCCGGCUUCCGCCUCCUCAACCUCAAAAACGACUCCCUGCGGAAGCGCUACGACGGCCUGAAGUAUGACGUGAAGAAAGUGGAGGAGGUGGUCUACGACCUCUCCAUCCGUGGCUUCAACAAGGAGACGGCGGCGGCCUGUGUGGAGAAGUAGGGGCUCUCCGCGCGCCCCGCUGACCCCAGCCCGGCGCCUCUCACGGUCGUUAGGAUGCCCAUUGCUAAACACCGCGCUUCAUUUUCUUAACCGGUUGUGUGGUGUAUCAGAGUUGAAACACUUUUUUUGGGGGUGAAAGAAUAGCCUUUACAAGGACAGAGUUUUCUUUGUCGUUUCAGUGAAUUUGCUCUGUAACUCAGUGUAUUUCAGUUCUGUCAAAAAGUGUAAAUGCCAAGCUCUUGGUAAAGUUCUUUUCUUGCUUACCCUGAUGCUGUCGAUGUACUGAUGGAGAGCUUUACUGUCUUGUUUGUGAUUCUUCCAGGAGUGACCCUUGAUGUUUUCUAUAUCCAAAUUAGCCAUCCAUACCCAGGUAUGCCCUGGAUACCGUAUAAAAAUAGUUAACUCAAAAGGAUGGUUGCCAAGCGAAGGACAAGUUAUUUUAUAUUUUCCUUCCUCAUUUUAAACCUUCUGAGUAAAUCAGAUGUUGAAUUUUUUUGCAAGGGAAGUAUAGCCCCAGGGUUCUCUCUCACUGCCAUCAAAAUAUCAAAGAUUAAACUGCAAAGUCAAGUUCAGCAGAUUAUUUGGGGACAUUUUUGUAUUAAGGAUUGAGUAACAUCAUCUGGCUCUGCUUACCAGGUGGGGAUAGGGGUAGUGUUUUAAAACACCUCUGUGUUCUGAUGUUGCCUUAACAUUCUGCUGUUGCAGCAGGUAAACAUUGCGUCCACACACAUCUUGAACUAACAUUUCAUAUGAUGUACUUCAGAGCUAUGAAACUUUUUACCUAAUAGCCAGGUAGACUGCUAGGUCUGGGAGUGUAAAGCCACUCAGCGGAGUUAAUUCUCAACACCCUGACUGGUGAUGUUCUGACUGAAGAAUGCUGUGCUUUGUCUGGAAGUAAGAGAAAACCUUGAAUUAAAAAACAAACAAACAAAAAAAUUAGCUGAUUUGGUCAUGUUUUUUUGAGUAAGUAAUUCUCUCAGGUUGUUGAUUAUUCCAACAGUCAGGUUUUACAGUUUUGGGCAAGUCACAUGUAUCUCAUUGGCACCGCCCCCCUCCUAAUUUUCAGGUAGUACUUGCCAUGUAAUUUUGCUGUUGAGAUAUUAUUAAAAUGGUGACUUAAUCCACAGCAUCUUGGAGCUCACUGAAGGGAAGGUGCCAGUGUGUCCAGAAUAAUAGGAAGUAUUUAGAAGUGUCACCCUCUCAUGCCUAAUACGGGUUUGGGCUUCCUGUUUGUACAGUAGGAUAUCUGGCAUGGCCAUCAGAGCUGUUAUCAGGCUGAGUUAAGGACUGAUCAAAUUUUCCAUCAUGAGGAAAGAAGUAGAAAUGAGACAUAAAUUGCUAUGCAUAGUUGCAUUUUAGAACAAUUUUCUUGACAGCUCUUUCUGCAGAAGAAUUUGGAAAGAAAAAUGAUAUAGAGUCUUAAAGUGCCUAGGAUGGUCACCUCAAAUGUGCAGUAACAGCACUGCCUGGACUGAGCAUAAAAGGCUUUGAAUUCCAUGAUCAGACAUAUGCAGUAAGUUUGAUCAUAGCUUUCUUUGCCUCUUUAAGUAUCAAUUCUGCUUGAGAACAGUAAAGUUCUCGGCAGAAGUGGUGGAUUUCACUGUUCACAAAUAACGUUUUAAGUGGAGGAGCACAUUCUGGUUUUAUACUCCGUUCGGGGAUGUACAAGUGUCACGUGUAUGAUUAUUCUGUUGUGUGUGUUGCCGGCUUGUUGUAAAGCAAUAAAAACAGUUUCUUUCUUUUCUUUU